UUGAAGGGUCUUGGGGGCAGCAUCACUUUCGAAAGUUUGUCUCGGUAAUUUCCUGGAGUCUCCAAACCCUCCGCUGGCCUGGUUUGUUUACAUUUUUUGGCCCGGGCGUGUGUGCGUUUUACCAGCCUUUCACGAGACAACGCGCUCCAGCUUGUUGGGCUGGUGUUCACAGACUCGGUCCGGUAAAUAGAAUGUUACCGAGCCAGGUUGGGUCGGCACCAUCUGGAAACGGGUCAGCUUCAGGCAGAGGUACCACAGGACACGGUUCGGGCGUUGUCGGCAGCGGGAUUCGUCCCGUUUUGGUCAGAGCAGGGCAAGCUUUACCGGGGGUCAGCGAAAGCGCCGGUGCUGCCGGGCGACUCGGGGAGAGAGACGCCGUCGGGAUGCUGGGGGCUAAUGGUCCAGGGGGUCCGCGAGGUGUGAGACCCGGGAACGGGACCGGGGUGACCCCUCCACAGACCGCCAUUCAGGGCAACAUGGUGGGGUUAAACACAGGAGUUGUGCUGCCCCACGGAGCCAGGUUCGACCCGGACAGAGAUAGUGCGCCUCUGUGCAGCGGCUCGGAUAAUGACUCGGACUCCGGAGAUGAUGAUGACCCAGUGGGUUCACUCGGGGACAGCAGGAGAGGGGUGAAGCGGGAGCGAGGAGAGAUGGAGGCUGCCGUCACAGGGCAGGAGGUGGGAGUACCUCCCGGAGGUUACGGCAUGGUGCCCGGAGGGGUCGCAGGGGCAAAGCCGGGGAAGAAGACACGUGGACGCGUAAAGAUAAAGAUGGAAUUUAUUGACAACAAGUUGAGACGGUACACCACUUUCAGCAAGAGGAAGACUGGUAUUAUGAAAAAGGCAUAUGAACUCUCCACCCUGACGGGAACCCAGGUUCUACUGCUUGUGGCCAGUGAAACAGGUCACGUCUACACUUUUGCCACUCGCAAACUCCAACCCAUGAUCACCAGUGAAACGGGCAAAGCCCUGAUCCAAACAUGCCUCAACUCACCGGACUCACCACCACGCUCUGACCCCUCCAUGGACCAGCGCAUGAGUGCCACAGGCUUUGAGGAGACAGACCUCACCUACCAGGUGUCUGAGUCGGAGAGCAUGGGAGACACUAAGGACACACUGAAGCCGACGUUCACGGUAGCCAACCUCCCAGGCACUACCAGCAGCGCCCAGUCCACGGUGCCCACCACCUCCACCACCAUGCAGGUGAGCAGCGGGCCCUCGUUUCCCAUCACCAACUACCUGGCACCUGUUUCGGCCAACAGCAACAUCAGCGCCAACGGCACCGUCCUCAAGACAGCCGGCGCCUCCACGGGGGUCAUGCAGCUGCCCGGCGGCUUCACCUUCAUGCCCGCAGGCACUCCUCUCCCCCCUGGCACCCCCACCAUUCCUCUGAGCCAGCUGCAGCAGCACUCCCUGGCCCUCCAGGGGCAGCAUGGUCAGACCCUGACCGCCGCCCCGCAGCCACAGCAGGGACAGCAGGCUGUCUUCCGCUUCCCUGCUGCUGUCUCCCUCACAGGAACAGGUGUUCCCCAGCAGCUCCAGGCUAUCCAGGUCCACCCCAACACCCAGUCCACCUCCAACAGUGACAGCAGCCCCGAAAUGUCCCACACCUCCACAAACUCCACCGCAACGGUGAGUCUCCCAGCAACCAUCGUCACCUCGUCAGUGCCAACGUCUGUGGCGGGUCACAUGAUGUACCCCAGUCCCCACACGGUGAUGUACGCCUCCACACCAGCGCUGGCUGACGGGGGUCUGGCUGUGCUCAACGCCUUCUCCCAGGGCACCUCAGCCAUGCAGGUGUCCCACGCACAGGCCCAGGACACAGGUGCUGUCCCUCAGGUGUUCCUCACAGCACCUCCAGGCACGGUGCAGAUCCCCGUCUCAGCGGUGCAGCUACACCCAAUGGUGAUUGGCCAGCAGUCGAGCGGCAGCAGCAGUAACCUGACGGAGCUACAGGUGGUGAACCUGGACGCAGCACAAAACUCAAAGAAUGACUGACAGACGGCUGGAGCUGUUAACACGACAGACCCAGAACACACACAAACACACACACACACACACACUGACUGACUGACUGACUGACUGACUGACUGACUGACUGACAUCUCUAUUUAUUGAUGCCUUCCUACAGAAUUACACAUCACACUUCUGAAUGUGACUUUAAAGUACAUAUAUACACACAAUCAAGGGCAUAUGUGUGGCUGACCCUUAUACAGUAUGUUUUGGUAUAUAAAUAUAUAUAUAAAUAUAUAUAUAUUCGCAAAUGCAUAGGAAAUAUGUAUCACUACAUCCAUCAUCGGAAAACUAUUUUCUAUGCCGUUAGAUGGUGUUAUUUUUUGUGUGCGCGUGUUUUUGUUUUCCUUUUUUGAAAAUGUGUAAUUACAUGUACACACACUGCAAGGUGCCACAGCUUCACACCAGCCAAAGAGACAUUUGUUUGUCUGAAUGUUCCAGUGUGAGCAACUUGUGCACAAGCGUGUGUGUCUGUGUGUGUGCGCAUAUCUGGGGUUUGUAAAUGGGCAAGGAGACGCUUAUUGACUUAAAGACAUUUGGAAAUGUACAUAUUUUUUUUAAAAAUAACUUGUAUUUUUAGCCUGGUUUAGUUUGUGCAACAGCAUGUAGUUGUUUUUUACGUAGUGGUUUUGUAUGUACAUGAAAAUGAUUUGCAUAAGGAAAAGAAUUAUUUACAUGUAUAUGUAAAUUAAUUUAAUAUACCAUCAUAUGUUGAUAUAUUGUCAUGCUGUUGGGAGUUUUCACUACAAGAUGGAGAAAGAACGCUGGAUGUUUUUCUAUAUUUUUGAUUGUGACAUUUGUAGGACUGUCCCUCAGAUAGGAUCAAAGAGCUGGGUCAUGAAAUGUAAAACGGGAUGUUUAUGAUUUACUGUUAACAUAUUCUCUACUUAAGCUGGGAACUCUUUGCUGCAUCUGCUGAUGCAGCUCUGUGUGUGAGGUUUCCUCAUGAAGCCCUGAUCUGGCACUUUCUGAGUGUAGAAAUUGAGAGUGUAUGUUAAAAACAUUGACAAUCUGAUGGAAAUUACAUGUUCAGAUCCCAACAUUCAGCAACAAGUAAUUAUAUUUUCAUCAGUGUACAACCCAAGUCUAAAAACCUUUCAAAAACUGUCACACAAUUAAUAUCCUUCAAGUGAUAUUUAAGUGACUUCACAUUGAGUUUGUUGGCUUCUUUUUAAUGCUAUCAUAGAUGAUGUAAUCCUUCUCUGGUUAACAAACCUGAGUACCAAACAAGUUUUCAUGACAACAGAUAAAUAAAAAUGUUGUCUAAUUUGUUUCAGAAGUGACCCAUCAUAAACUUAACUUUCAUGUGAUGCUACUACUGACUUGAGUCAGGGCAUUGAACACAAACGUGUUUUAACAAGAAUAGGUAAUGACACUGUAUAGACCUGACGAUUCCACUUCAAUACUGCAAUCAAAGCAUUUGUGUUUCCUUGUGUGGAACUACUUAAUGUUCUUUGGUGUAGUCUCAAUACUGUAAUAUUACAACGGCAAUCAGUAUGAUUAUUUUUGUAAGAACAAGAAUCUCGAUUUGGAAAAGUGACUUCAGGUGCUUUGAAAUGUUACUAUACUCCUUUAACUGAACUGUAAGAUCUUAGCUGACUGCAAUCUCAGUAUGUACCUCAGCAAUCAUUAAGAAUGAACCAGGUUAUUAAACAGAGCCUUCUUUCUGCACCGUAGUGCCUCUUUUCAAAUCACUGCAAGGCGAGGGAAAUUUCACAUUUCCAGGCCACCUCACGACUUCUGACUUGUCGUACAAUCCUCUCCUCUGCCCAGAGAGUUUUGACUCACUUCUACAGAAUUAGCUGGAUGACUGAACAUGGCAGGCUUAUAGCCAAAGAGAAUCUGACAGAGGAUAAAGCACCCAUACUGACUGCUGUUCAGUUAUUCACUGACAGCAGAGGUCAUUUUCAUGCUAGAUGUUCUCUGGUCUGUCUCUGUACAUGUUGUCAUGUCAUCCUGCACACAGCUCUCACAGACGUUUGCAUAGACGUGUGUCAAAGGCAUUUCCAGUACUACCUGGUGGUUAUUCAAGAAUACCAUUUUAAAAGGGGAUUAUAAAAUAGAAUUUGUGGUUUUCACCUUGUCCUUUAAAGGUAAAUGGCUAUUUUGUGUAUUUUUGUUUUGUUGUACAGACAUUUUGUAAUAAAAACAAGAUAAAACAUAUUGAACUGUUCAAAGAAUGACCACAUCUCCUGCUGAAGAACUCUUUUUAAUUGGGACGGAGAAUGUUAAACAAAACCAUAUUGUCCUGAAUGGAACCUAACACAUUUGUAUAACAGUGAUGAAAUGAAGACGGCUGAUGAGGAAUAAAUGAACCAAUGCCUCUGAGUACACGA